CGUCGGCGCCACCAUCGUCGCCACGAGCUUCAAGGGCAAUGUCGGCAAGACGACCGUCAGCGCCAAGGCGCGCAUCACUUGGAUCUGCGAGCGAGGGCAGUACAUGCCGCGCACGAGCGGCGACGGCGCGGAGGCCUUCACCGGCGACCUCAAGUGCUUCGACUGCGCCGCCGGCUUCUUCGGGAACGAGACCGACCUGAGCAGCCCCACCUGCAGCGGGCAGUGCCCUGAAGGCAACUUCUGCGAGCAGGGGACGGCAGACCCGACGCCGUGCCCCGCAGGGACGCGCAUGCCGGCGCGCGGGGCGGCGAGCAGCGACAGCUGCAUCCCGUGCGCCCCGGGGCAGUUCCAGGAGGGAGCCGCCACGAGCAUGGUCUGGGAGCCCUGCCCCGCGGGCAGCUUCAGCCCGACCAGCGGCUCCGCUUCGAGCGCCUCGUGCGAGCCUUGCCCCGCCGGCACGGCGAGCGCGGCGCCGGGCGCGGUCAGCCACAAGACGUGCGAGCCUUGUGAGCCCGGCCAUUUCGCCGCCACGCCCGGCCUCUCCAAGUGCGAGCGCUGUGAGCCCGGCACCACCUCUGGCGUCGGCAGCAGCGCCUGCAGCGAGUGUGCUGCAGGCACGUACGCCGCCAACCCCGGCCAGGGCCAGUGCGUCCCUUGCCCUCACCCCCUCAGUGGUGAGCGCGGCGCCGUCACCUGCUCCGUCUGCCAGAAGGACUUCUACCUGCUCAAGAGCGCCGACCCGGCCGAGAUCUUCUCCUCCCCGACCGACUACUGCAAGCCAUGCCCGCCAAACGCCGAGUGCUCGGACGACACCUCUCUCGCGACCCUCGGCGUCCCAGCCGGCUACUGGCGCGCCAGCCCCUCCUCCGCCGUGCUGACGGCGUGCCGCGACUUCGGGGGCGACAGGGCCGGCGAGGCGCGGUGCGCCGGCAACGAGCGCGGAGCCAAGCAGGCGUCUCGCCGUUUGGAGGCGGCGGGCUCGGACGAGUACUGCGCUUCGGACUUCACCGGCCCCGAGUGCGAGCUCUGCGCCGCGGAGAAUCAGUACCUCGUCGACGGCGACGAGUGCAAAGAGUGCGGAGCGCGCGGCGCCGCUGCGGGUCGCAUCGCGGGCCUCGUCCUCGGCCUCUGCGUCGCGUGCGGCCUGGCGGCGUGGGCCUACAGCAUGACGGACUGGCGGGAGAAACGCUUCAUCGGCCCAAUCCUUCGCUUUGCAGACCGCUCCGUCAAGUACUACGUCGAGGGCGGAAUGACGGCCAAGGUCAAGAUCCUGUUUGGCUUCUACCAGAUCAGCACCGUCUUGUCGUCCACCUACUCGGCGCGGCUGCCGGACAAGUACACGGGCUGGACCGACAAGCUGGCCAGCGCGAUCUCCAUCGACUGGUCGGGCUUCUUCUUGCCGGAGCAGUGCCUCGGCUAUGGUACGCGGCUCGUCGUCAGCGCUCUCUCCCCCGUCGUCCUCAUCGCCCUGCUCAUGGGAACGGGAAUCGCGCUGCGGCUCCGCCGCUGGCGUGCCGCGUCACCGCGCCCAAAGCUGUGGGCAGAGGCGGCCCUCGGCCUCCUCGACCUCACGCCGGCCGGCUUGGUGCUCAUUUUCUGCUUCGUGCCCUCCAUUAGCGCCUCCAUCUUCCGCUCGUGGUCGUGCCAGGCCUACACCAUCUCUCCGCCGAACGAGCCCCUGGAGCAGGUCUCCUACAUGCGGCAGGACGCGAGCGUCGAGUGCGGCACCGAGAAGCACGACGGCAUCACCGCCCUGGCCCUCGGCUUCAUCGUCCUCUGGCCGGUCGGCUCGCUGGUCCUUUUCACGUCGCUCCUCGCCGCCUGCUACAAGCCGCUGCAGGCCAAGUCGCCGAAUGCUCUGACGCGGGCCACCGCCUUCCUCCACCGGGAGUACGAGAAGACUUGGUACUGGUGGGAGGCGGUCGAGCUGGCGCGCAAGCUCGUGCUCACGGGCUUCGUGCUGCUGAUCCCGGAGAAGAACGCAUUCCUUCGCCUCGUGGUGGCGACCCUGAUCUGCUCGUGCUACGCCGUCGUGCUCGCCGUCGUGCGGCCGUACAAGCGGGUCGAGGACGACGUGCUAGCCGUCGCCACGAGCCUCGUCCUCCUCCUCCUCUUCCUCGGCACCAACUGGACCACCAUCUUCCUCGGCAUCGAGGAGCGGUACCAGGGAGCCGACCCCGCCGAUGUCCUCGGCUUCGGAAAGCUCAAUGCCAUCGUGGACACGAUGAUCGUGCUCGUUGCUGUUGCGCUCGUCUUCUUCUUAAUCGGCGCCGUCGUCGCCGCCCGCCGCGUCGCCAAGGUCCCCACGAUCCGCCUCGUCUCGACCAAGCAGCCCCCCGAGAUAAGCAUCGGGACUGGCCUCACGUGGCACCUCUUCCUCUCUCACAUCUGGUCGACCGGUCAAGACGCCGUCGGAAACAUCAAGAGUGAGCUCCAGCUGCUGGUAGAUGAUCUCAAGGAUAUUGGGUCGCUGGAGGAGUACAUCCAGCACUCGCAGGUCAUCCUCUUCUUCCUCUCGUGUGGCUACUUCCGCUCCAAGGCGCGCUCUCGCCGCCCUAACUGCCUCCGCGAGAUCCGCUCGUCGCUCGAGCAGAGCAAGCCGAUCGUCCUCGUCCAAGAGGCGGACCCUGCAAAGGGCGGCGCGACGCUGCAGGCGCUGCGCGGCGAAUGCCCCGAGGACCUGCAGCCGGACAUCUUUGAAAAGGGCUGGACGCACACCAUCUACAUGCGAGUUGUGGAGUUCCAGCGCGUCUCGCUCAAGACAAUCGCGGUGCUCCUCUGCUCGCCCAACUACCUGAACCAGACCUCCCUCCCGCUCUGCGUGCCGGGCGAGCCCGAGAGCGAGUUGCUCGCCUUUGCCAAGGAGACCAUGCUCUGGGCCUCGCCGGCCAACGCGGGCGCCCUGGAGCUGGCCAACAAGAUCGCCGCCGCCUUUGCCGGUCUCACGAUCUCCACCGCCGAUGCUCGGCCGGCCACCGCGACCCACAUGCUGCUCUACCUCAACGAGGACAGCUUCAGCGACGCGCGGCUGGCCGACCAGGUCCAGCAGGCGCGCAAAGACAAGCUGAAGAUCGUCAUGGCGCACGAGAACGACCCGGACCUCGGCGGCUGCGAGUUUGGCAGAAUGUUCGAAGUCACGCCGCAGGAGCGAAUGCCUCACAGAGCUCAUCGCCGACGGGCUCUACAAGACCCUGGCACGCUCGUGCUUCCCGGGUUGCCACAACCCGGUGUCGCUCGCGCUUCUGGCAAAGGACCUCGGCGCGACUCCCGCUCAGUCGGGCAGCGUCGCAAGGAUGAGCCGCCUCUCGGGCAGCAUCGCCAAGCGUGGCAGCCGGCUCGUUCCCACGAUCAGCCGCCGCAGCUCUGCGAAGACAACCACCGCGGGCGACGGCUCUGGAGGCGAGGCGACGGUCUCGGUGGUCUCGGAGGAGUCCGCGGUCUCGGUGCAGGCGGCGCAGGAGCAUGUCUAACUCUUCGGCGGCCGCACUCACGGCAGACGCCACAGCACACAGACGCCAUCUUAAGCAAUUCACAUGAGCAGGCACAGCGACCCGCCGGGGAGGAGGGGCGGGAGGCGUUUGCCGCGUCGGCGACCCACAUGGGUCUGGGUCCAUAUCCGCCGCGCGCUCUCGCAGUGAUGGGAGCUUUCGCGCAGCGGUGUGCUGCGCGGCCAGCCUUUCUCUGGAGCGGCGAGGCGUAGUUUUGGGGGGGGGGGGGUAUAGGGCCGGGGAUGCACAGCUGAGGCUCCGUCGCCGUACUCGCGUGCUUACUCCGUGUCCCGUGCGUCGUUGCCUUUCCUUGAGCGGUGCUA